AAUAGUAAAGGAACAUUAUGGGAAACGGCUAGGUCUUCAUGAGACAUGUUAGCAUGAAGCAAUUGUAAGAAUAAUUGGAGACACUAAAAAAUAAGCGGAUUCAUAGAACAACAGAAAGUCCUCAGUAAUAACAACAAUCACAAUUCUGCUGCUGUUAAUGGCAACAACAAUUAUAUAAUAACAAUAGUACUACUAAGUAAUUUUGGAAUAGGGAUCCAAUAAACACUCAAUAAGGAGGAUAAUGUAAUAUGAAUAUUUGUUGUAGCGCUAAAUUAUUUUUUAGAGUCUUAGAAAUGACUCAGAUCUGCAGGUGAAUGGCAUCUUCUCCCUUUAUGAUCCAGAGAUUAAGAUGAGCAGUGUCAUUUCUUGGGUCAAUUCACAAAUGUUAAUGCAUUGCUCAUCUAAAAAUGCUAAAAUUUCUGAAAAUAUAUAAGCUUUACUUCCUUAUAUGAUACCAAAACCCCAGAAGCCAUUUAGACCUUUUGCAGACACUAGAUGCCAAAAGCCCAAGUAAAAGACAAUCAACAUAUAAAAGUUCAGCCGAUUCAAAUAUAGAAAAGGGACCUUUGCUGUGUCUGUUUAGGAUACAGCAUUAGGGGUUCACUUGGAGGAAUUUCUUCAGCAUAAUAAGAGCACCCAAACCGUAGUAAAAGCCUAUAUUACGAGCUCCACUGGAAGUAAUUCUGACAAGCCGACAGGGCAUACAUUCAUCGACUUCUUUAUUAUAGUCAACAGCCAUAAGGGCACAUACCAUCUAAAGACAGACAGCAGAUUUGCACCAAGGAAAGCAAGAACAUAAUGGUCAAGAACUACAAUUUUUCCUGCUUCCAUGAUAAAAUUUUGAUUCACAAAUACUAGAAGGAGCUGUAAUGGCAACCAAAACCAUACUCAAAGGACUCCUGGAUCUAACCAUGAGUCCAGCUAGUGCAGGGCAUCUCCACUCUUGACCAACCAGUAAAUGACACAUGUUGAACUUCGUUUUUUGUAUGCACCAGCCUAUAUCCAAUAGGAAAAGGCCUUCAAUAUUUAAUUGUUGAUCCAGACCUAAAUCUCAUCCUCUGUGCACAAAAAUAUUAUGCUUUCUUUCUCCUGUUGUCAUUUGGAUCUCAAUCAUUCACACAUAUAAUACAGAUGGGAACAAGUGAUGAAUUUCCAUACAUACUAACAACCAACAGCCAUCUCUUUCACACUCUCUAAUAUAAAUGCAGCAAAGUACAAAGCCUGCACUCCAAUGACAAACAACAUUCACAAACUUAAAAUAUUUGAAUCCACCGCCCUUCCUACCAUCUCAUCUCCAUUUUAUAAGCUUCAGUCACAAUACAAAUCUGAUGGACUAACAAUGCAGACUCCAAGCAUCCAUCUCCCUUUCCCACCUCUUGCUUUGGUCAAUGCUCAAAACCCCUUCAACUUUGUGAACUUCCAUGCCAUUGUCUAUCCCAUCUCUCUCAUAUCCUUAACCACUCUUAUCUUCUCCAUCCCAUUCUAAAGCCCCCACUUCUUUCUCCAACUUUGUGAAGUCAAUAUCCAAACUCUUUGCAAUCCAUCCUACUCUGUUCUGUCUCCUGCAGCUCACUUUCUUCCCCAUCUUCCCCACUCUACUAUGGUUCUCAACUUCCUCUAGUUUUCCUUGCUUACUCUUUGAAGUCAAUGCUUAAAGACCCCAGGUCUCGCUGAGUAUUAUACCUCUGAUCCACCAUGACCUUCGAGGGAGGACCAGACCCAAACCUCUCACCCAAUCGCCACCACCACCAUCAUGUUCUGGACUGGUUGGAGGACUCUGUGUCCUUCCUCUCCUCCUUCCUCGAUGAUUCCUACGCUGGAAACACUGCCGAUCAAAUCACCAACUAUGAAUGGUGGACUCAAGAAGAGGACCAGGCCAACAUGAUACACAAUCCUUUGGUCUCCACUCUCGCCACGUCUAAUAACUCUCCAUUACUUCCUCAAGCUGAAUUCUCCAAGAAGAGGAAAUUAUCGACGAACCCAACCACUCCGAACAAGACCCCAACACACCCAAACCGUCAGAGGAUUGCCAUCGAAGGUGAUGGAGGAUUUGAGGAGGAAGGUGAAGCAAACAAGAAGCCAGCGGCGACAGGGAGGAAGGGCCAUGGAAAAGGGAACGCGGGAAGCUCAAGCAAUGGCGUGAGCAAGGAAGUGAGAUGGGCUGAGCAAUUGCUGAAUCCAUGCGCUGCCGCCAUCGAAGCAGCAAACAUCUCGAGGGUCCGACACUUGUUUUGCGUCCUCCGAGAGCUCCAAUCAUUCUCCGGCGAUGCCAAUCACCGGCUCGCGGCCCACGGCCUGCGCGCCCUCUCCAACCAUACCUCCGCUGCAGGGAUCGCCAUCCCCGACCGCGCUGGCACCUCCGCCGCCACCUUCGCCACGACGGAACCGAAGCUCUUCCGAUCAGCGAUUAUCAAGUUCCACGAGGUCAGCCCCUGGUUCGCGUUCCCCAGCGCUCUCGCCAACGCGUCCAUCCUCCAAACCAUGACACUCGACCCCAGCCGCCACGCUAGGUCUCUCCACGUGGUCGACAUCGGGGUUUCCCACGGCGUCCAGUGGCCAACGCUCCUCGACGCGCUGGCUCGCAACCCCGGCGGCGCGCCGAAACUCGUCCGCCUCGCUGUCGCCGGCGGGGCGGCGCCUCCCGGACCAUUCUCCGUGGCGCCGCCAGGGUACGACUUCCAGUCCCACCUCCUCCGCUACGCCAGAUCGAUCGAUCUCAACCUACGGAUCGACCACACCGAAGAUCUCGGCGCGGGGUCCGUGGCUCUCACCGUCGGCGAGACCCUAGUCGUCUGCGUCCAAUUCCGGGCGGGCCAUGGCAGCGCCGACGAUCGCACAUCGUUCCUCCGAUCGAUACGGGAAUUAGAACCCGACCUCGUGGUCCUGAGCGAGAUCGACGGCGGCGGCGGUGAAGUAGGGUUCCCGGCUGGGUUCGCGAGGAACGCAGAGCUGCUGUGGAGGUUCCUUGACUCGACGAGCGCGGCGUUCAAGGGGAGGGAGAGCGCUGAGAGGCGGGUGUUGGAGGGGGAGGCAGCGAGGUUUCUGGAGACGACGGCUGAGGCGGCGGCGGCCGAAGGGCGAGAUCUGUGGCGGGAGAGGAUGGCUGCGGUGGGGUUCCGAGAGGAGGCAUUCGGGGAGGAGGCGCUGGAUGCGGGGAGGGCUCUCCUGCGGAAGUACGACGGGAACUGGGAGAUGAGGGCGGAGGCGGCGGUGGGGCUGCGGUGGAAGGGGCAACCGGUGUCCUUCUGUUCCCUGUGGAAGCCUCACAGGAGAAACUAAAAAAUUAGCGCUGUGAUGAACAAUCGAUCGGAUCGUGACCGUCCGACUGGUGAUCUCUUAGCACGGAAAAUGGAGCGCGUUGUUUCGACGCUCGAAGGCAGAUGAAGCGAUAGAAGCUGUCCCAAAAAUACAAAUGUGGCUCGAUGUACAUAAUGUGGCCCAGACCAUGUGCCGUAGUUCUCCAUGUUCAAUUAGGCUCGAUGUUAUAUUUA